AAGGCAAGAGCAGAGAUCAGACCAAACGGGCCAGCAGAGGAAAAAGCUGCCCCCGAACUUAAAGAGAGAGAGAGAGAGAGAGAGAAAUUGAGACAGCUGCUGACUUUUGGAGAGAAAGAGACCUGUUGGAUUUACUGCCGAGAUCCAGAUUUGAUUUUCAUUAAAUGAAAAGACUUUUCUGCAACAAGUCAGCCUGCACAUAACUUUUAACGACUUUUGCACUGGAUUUGAUCCCUUUUUAGAUUUUUAUGCUCGUGCGUAAUUUUGGAGGCAGUUUUGUGGGAGUUCAAAGACUCUGGUUUUGUAGCUUAUAGUGGGAAAACCUUUAAAAGGAUUAACGUGCUUCCUGGUAGAGACUUUAAUAUCAAUAAAUUUCCUCAGUUGUCGGAUUUCACUGUUUUAUGAUGUUGCUUUUACGCGUUUCCAUCGGUUUAAUUGCCGCUCUGUGCGUCGGCACAGCGCACGGCGCCUGGGAGGAGAGCACUGUGGUGCCCGUCAGAUUAGAUCCAGAAGCCCGGUCGGAAAGUGAAACCGAACCGUGGCGGACUCUUUCCCCAGAGGAGAAGGAGAAGGAGGCAGAGAUGAGGGAGUACCGGUUGGACGUAUUUGGCAAGGAGCUGUUCUUGCAGCUCGAGCCCGACCAGACCUUCUUGGCGCCAGGGUUCGUCUUCAGCUUAGUGGGGAGUCCCGAGUCCGAACCCACGCAGGAACCCAAGAGCGGAGCGGAACCGGGGUGUUUCUUCUCAGGCACCGUGAACGGAGAGGAGCACUCCGCCGCCGCGCUCAACCUCUGCCACGGGCUCAGGGGCGGAUUCUACUUUGAGGGCGAAGAGUACUUUAUCCAGCCCCUCAACUCCAGUGACUUCCAGGGCUCAGAGCAGGAUGUCCACCUCAUCCGCCGCAGAGGUCGUGCUGCUCUGGCUGAGGAGGGGAGCUCCAAGUGUGGGGUCAACGAGGACGAGGAGAGAGUGCCAAAGAAUCUGGAGAAAGAAGCUUGGAGCGGAGCCGCUAAGGCAGAGCAGACAGGUGAGGCUGCAGAAACACACCGCGCUUUUUACGCACUUUUAAUCAUUUUAUAAACCACAAAUGUUUAAUGAUCAAACAAAAAGAAUCAAGAGUCUAGAAGAAUUAGUGAUUUAAAUACUCAGUUUUAUUUAAAAACAUUUUAGCAACAAACGGGGAAUCUUUUAAGUCAGUAGCUGCAGUUAGUUUGCAGACCAAACUGCUGUCAGCUGGAGUUGAAAAUGUGCCAGGUUGCACAGCAUGCGCAGUGCACUCAGCUACCUUUUUGACAGCGAAUAUGGAGGAAGGGAAGGUGGAGGGAGGGGGAAACUUCUCCAAGGGGAAAGAGGAGGAGGUAUGACGAAGGAAGGGGAGGGGAGCAGCGGGGUUGGGGCCAGCCAGAGCCCGGCAGUGCUGAGACGUGUAAGAUCGCCUCCUGGUACAACUCGCGCCGGCAGAAAUUUUUCCCCAGAAAGGAUUUUCUCUCCUCUCCCCUUCGCUUUCUCCCUCGCAUAAUUUUCCACCAGAGAAGGUCAGAGUAGGAAUGUAGACCCCGAGGAGGAGGAGCCGUCGGUGGUGUGACGCUGAGUCACGGCCAGGCUCCUCCAGGCACAUCCGGAGCUCUGAUUUGGAGCCUGAAAAAAAGGCCUUUGUAUCUAUUUAGAGCACUGGCAGAGUUCCUCAGUCUGCAGACAGUUUCCAAAAAAGCUGGAUGUUAUGCAAAAAUGUCACAAGUUUAACAGAUGUAAAAAUCAGGACUGAAGCCUGAAGAAGCCCACAUGUCCUUCUGGACCCAGCUUAGUCUAAACAGUCUCCACUCUCUCUUCCCCAGCUCACCACAGGAGCCGGCGUUUUGUUUCCACCCCUCGCUACCUUGAGAUCAUGCUGGUCGCCGAUCAAUCCAUGGCUGAGUUCCACGGCGCCGGGCUCAAACCCUACCUACUGACCAUCAUGGCAGUCGCUUCCCGCCUCUAUCGCCACCCCAGCAUCCACAACUCCAUCAGCCUGGCAGUGGUGAAGCUGCUGGUGGUGUACGAAGAAGAGAAAGGCCCUCAAGUGUCGUCAAACGCCGCCAUGACCCUCCGCAACUUCUGCCAGUGGCAGCGCCAGCACAACCCACCCAGUGACCGCCAUCCUGAGCAUUAUGAUACGGCUGUGCUCUUCACCAGAACAGUAAGUUAGAUGAUGAAGAAAUAGAGCUCGUUUAAGAGAUAAUGAAAAUAAGUGUUCAAACAAUAAUCUUGCUCCAUGUCUCCCUGCUCAGGACCUGUGUGGUGCCCACUCUUGUGACACUCUUGGCAUGGCAGAUGUUGGUACAGUUUGUGACCCUGACCGAAGCUGCUCAAUUAUUGAAGAUGAUGGACUUCAAGCAGCUUUUACUGUGGCUCACGAACUCGGUAAGAGUAAAUCCAAAGAGGAUGAAUUGUUUGCGUGCAAUAAGUUAUUUUGACAGUAUGGCUCUGUUCUGGGAGCUCCCUGCCCUUCCAUGUGUGUAUGUAAGUCAUGGCAGGCAGAGCAGAAGCAAAAAUCUCCCAAGGGUUAAAUAAAACACUUAAUAUGGCAUUACUGUUUGGAUGUUUUGUAGGUAUUUGUCUGAACUCUCAGCUGAUAUAGGUUGGCAUCAAGUUUAGCUGAUGUACUGUGAGCUGAGCUUGAACUUGUGGCCUGCCUCAACAAGCAUUACACUCAUUUUUUUUCAUCCACGAGGUACUCAAAGAGCUGUUUUUCAUUCCCUUCCUUCAGGCCACGUCUUCAACAUGCCUCAUGAUGACGCCCAGCUGUGCUCAGGCGUCAAUGGUGCCCACUGGGGCUCCCACAUGAUGGCCUCCACCUUGUCCAACCUGGAUCAGCAGCAGCCUUGGUCCCCGUGCUCCGCCCUCAUGGUCACCACCUUCCUGGACAAUGGCCAUGGUCAGUGCCUUCUGGACAAACCAGUGAAACCUCAGCCACUCCCCCAGCCUCUGCCUGGCACAGUCUAUGGUGCUGACCACCAGUGUCGGCUUACCUUUGGCGAGGACUCACAGCACUGCCCAGAUCUGAGUUCCACAUGUGCAGCUCUGUGGUGCACCGUGACGACAACUAAUGGUUUGCUGGUGUGCCAGACAAAGAAUUUUCCCUGGGCAGAUGGAACACCAUGUGGGCACGAGAGCUUCUGUUUGGCUGGACAGUGUCUCACCAAGAGCCAAGCUGCCAAACACCAGGUAGGAACCAAAACCUCUCUGAAUGCUCCCUAAAACAGUAGUAGUUGUAACAAAUAUAGACUCAUAAGCCUAUUCCUUCACAUUUUAAAGUUGUAAUUCUCAUGUUUUUUGUUCUUUCAGACUCCUGUCAAUGGUGGCUGGGGGUUGUGGGGUCCUUGGGGCGACUGCUCCCGAACCUGCGGAGGGGGAGUCCAGUAUUCCUUCCGUUCUUGUGAUAGCCCUUUGCCCAAAAAUGGGGGCAAGUACUGUGAGGGCAAGAGGAUCCAGUACCGUUCCUGCAACACGGAGGCCUGUCCUGACACCAAUGGUAUGAGAUCUUUGAAUGACUAAUCUGGUAUAAAAUUUGAAAAAUGCUCUGAAAGUUAGCCCCGGUUCUUCUUGAGUUCAUAAAGAUCUUUAGUGUGAUGUUUGUAGAUCUGGAUGUUUUUACACUUUGCUGUGAAAGUUAACAUGCACGAUAUGCUGAACAAGCCAUAAAUCUGACCUCGCUCUGCCUCUUUCUCAGGCCUGUCGUUCCGUGAGGAGCAGUGCUUGGCCCACAACGACAUGUCAGCCCAAGUGUCACUGGGUUCAGGGGAGGGUGUUGAGUGGGUGCCUAAGUAUGCUGGAGUCUCACCCAAAGACCGCUGCAAGCUGGUGUGCCGGGCCAAGGGGACUGGAUACUUCUUUGUCCUCAAAUCCAAGGUGAGAUUUGCUUACAUGCCAGAUUUAGAAAAGUGUUACAUCACCCUUUGGGUUUUAGUUUAUUUACUGAACAGGCCUGUUUCUUGUGCAGACUUGCAGCAGUUGUAAUUUCACUCAGCCCUGAGGCUUCUGUCUUCCUGGGGAAGAGACUCUUUCUGCUUUACUUUUGACUCACGCUAUUAUGUAACAUUUUUUACGAGUCAGAACUCUAAAUUUUUAUCUUUUUUUCCUUUACCAAGGUGGCUGACGGAACACCCUGCAGUCCAGACUCCACCUCAGUCUGCGUUCAAGGCCAGUGUGUCAAGGCUGGAUGUGAUCGCAUCAUUGGCUCUAACAAGCGCUUUGAUAAAUGUGGCCUGUGCGGCGGAGAUGGUUCCACAUGCAAGAAGGUGUCGGGCUCUCUGGAGCGUGCAAGGUACAUAUCAAGGAAGCUGUCAUUGUCUUUCUUGCAUUUUUAUCAAACAUGAAGGUCCAAGGCUUUUUGUUCCCAAAUAUGACCUUUGUGCUUAUCUACUUAUCUUCCAGGCCUGGUUAUCAGGAUGUUGUCACAAUCCCUGCUGGUGCAACCCACGUGGAUGUCAAGCAGCGUGCCCCAGGCAACAGCCGUCACGAUAACAGCUACUUAGCCGUGCGCCGCCAAGAUGGAACCUACCUGCUGAAUGGGGAUUACAAGCUGAUGACCAUGGAGACGGACAUUGCCUUGCAAGGGUCCUUAUUGCGAUACAGUGGCUCUUCCGCCUCUCUGGAGCGCAUCCGCAGCUUCGCCCCUCUCCCUGAGCCCCUCACUAUCCAGGUGCUGUCCGUCGGAGAAUCUCCAAGACCCCGGGUUAAGUACAGCUACUUUGCACCCAGACCCAAGAAUGCUGGCUCAGCAUCAAACAAUGGAGGCCGCCGCCAGUCCAUAAAUGCAAUCAGAGAGGUCGGUGGGGCUGAGUGGACUCUAAGGGAGUGGGGUCCUUGCUCACAGACCUGUGGCGGAGGGAUGCAGCAGAGGGAGGUGGUGUGUCUUGAUCCUCAGGGUCGUCCUGCCAAGGAUUGCCCAGAGGAGCUGCGUCCUUUGGCAUCAAGAUCCUGUGCUGCCCAGUCUUGUCCCUCCUGGCUUCUGGGAGAGUGGUCAGCAUGCUCAAAGACCUGCGGGCGAGGCUUCCGCAAGCGCCAACUGCGCUGCAUCGGCCACGACGGGCGUACGCUAACCCAUGACAGCUGUGACUCCAAAGACCGUCCGCGACCCCUGCUGGAACUGUGCAAUCAGGGUGCCUGUUAAGGACUGCUUCUAAAAUCUACCCUCCUCCUGUAAACCCAGCUUUUUGUAAGGCGUCAGAUAAAGACUCUGAUCUUCACUGCCUCCUUUUUUUGACGGACAAUCCAGAGAGGCUGAUGAAUGUUUACAUCCAGAACCAGAGUGCUGCAGGUUUUCACUGGUUCUUGGAAGUCAAUGGGUCCACAAUGACUGUCGAAGCUCCUUUUAUUCCUUCCAUUUCAGAGGCAGCAAUCAGUCCACAUGGCGCUUGCAUGUAGUUGCAUCCAGAGACUGAUUACAGCUUGCAGCCUGUCUUGCCUCAGUGCAGCAGUGGCACAUUUAACCUCCAUCAUGAGGUAGAGAGCAUGGACAUUCCUGAUUUCCUUAAGGAGCAUGCUGCUUACUGUGCCAAUGCUUGUGUGUGAGAAUGUGAGAGUGUGCGUGAGGAUAUUUUUAAUGCAUGUAUAUAAUGUUUGUCCAAGCUGGGCUGGACAGACAUGUUGGGGGUUUGGGUUGGGGGUGGGAGGUUCUUGCAGAGUAUAUAAGGAAACAAAAGAAAGAGAAGAGCUCAUAAUUUACUCGCUCAGCCCAUCAGGUAUGGAAUAUAAGAUUAUAAAUAGUCCUAGUGUUUAUGUUCAAACUGCCAGUUUAUUUAUCACAAACCUGUAGCACUUCAUCUUUGUUUUUGCCAGCGGCACAUGUUAACACCCAGUCGUCUCUAAACGCCUCAGUACUUUGUCCUUUAGCCAUAUCUUGCCCUCAUUCACACAGCAGCCUUUAAUGAGGGAACUCUUCAAAGACCAAAGAGGAGUGUGUGUGUGUGUGCGCGCGUUAAUGAGUGUGUGUGAGUGUGUGUGGAGACCUAAAGAGGGACUUGUCUCCUGCUAAUACUUCAUAAGUAAGUCUCUCUGCCUUCCGCGAAGGCAUCUUGUGUUUUUCUAUCAUGUUGGUUUCUUUUUGUACAGAAUAUCCAAACAUUAUUUAUUUUUGUACAGCCUGUUAAAUAUAAUCAUGUGGCUUUUUAAUAUUAUUUUUUAUUUGUUAAUGAGAUCACAGAAGGGAGUAGAGUAUAUAGAGUAUUUAUACAGUGUUUUAUAUAUAUAUAAAUAUAUAUAUAUGGUCCUAGGUUCAUGAAUAAAGUAUCACAUUGACUUGUGCAGCUAACGUCUCCUGAGUGGUUUAUCUGUUUGAUGCACCUACACACACCUUUUAAUGUGCUUUACUUGAAUCAACAAUAUAGAAAAAGUAAAGAAAAGUAAGUUUACUUGUAGUCUGUCCUGUGGCAUGAUGCAGCAUUUGGACAGAGCAUCCCCCAGCCUUUUGAGUUAGCAUUUCAGGGGGACUGCAGAUACCAUGAUUUUAGCUCCACUUUUACCACCUCACCUCUUUUAUUGUUUUUAUUUGAUCCAUGUUGAGAGAAACCUCUUUAUUAGUGUCUUCUGCAAUUACACAGAGCUCACUUCAAAGCUCAAAAGGCUCAGUGGAUGUCACUCACUCAAGGAAACUUUUAGAGAGAGAAAUGGAGCAACAAUAAUGACUAAGUCGACUUCACAGUGCAGCCCAACCUCAACCUUUACCCUUCUUCUCCCAAAGUUAAUCAAAUGUCCUCACACCGCAGUAGUGAGUUGAACUUUUGAGGUAACCCUUGUGUAAAGCUGUGGCUAAAAUCAGGGGCAACAUUUAGCCACUAAUUUCCACAUAACUUUUUUUUUACUUCAGCAAAUGGGAUGAUUUUUUGUGCAGAUGCUUAUAUUGAUAGACACUUUGAGAAUAUGACUUCAAAAUUUUCACCAGGUCAAAAAUACGCGCUGGGCAAAUUUUCAUCCGUUAAAAAAACUUUGACUGCUGUAAAAACAUAUUGGGUUAAUAUUUUUUCCAAUUUUUUUUCAUAUAUCUCUUAAUUAACUUCUGCUUUGAUCAAAACUAGUAAAUGUUUCAUCUGAAAACAUUUUUUUUAACCCUUUGAGGGUCCAUUCAAAACAAAAUGUCACUGAUAUGGUAGAAAAUAAAUCUAAUAAAAAUCAGUCAUUUUCCUCCCAUUUUUCCCCCCAAUAUUAGUGACUUUUUGUUUUAAUGGGUCCUUAAAGGGUUAAAAUUUGGAUUCUUAAUGAAACAUUUACUAGUUUUGAAUAGAGCAGAAAAUAAUGAAGAGAUACAUGAAAAAAAUCUGGAAAAAUAUGAAUCCAAUAUGUUUUUACAGCAGUCAAUGUCAGUGGCUCUAAGGGUUACACAUUCAGAUGCAUGUGUUGGUGCUUUUUGAUCAAGUUAUGUGCGGUACAUUGUUGUCAUUCAUUGUUUGUCCACUAGAUGGGAGUAUUUCAGCAUGCCAUCCAGCGUCUAAACACACGACCACCCCAGCCUGUUUCACACAGCAUGAAGAGGGCAACUCAUACUCAGCUGCUGUGAAGGUAAAAAUGUCCAAAGGUCUCAAGGUUAAAGGUCAAAGGCUGAGUUUUAAAAUCCAGCACUCAGGUUAAAAUCAACUUAAAUUAAAAACCAGUGUUAACUUUUUUGUUGUUUGUCCCAGUUAUAAAGUAAAGAUUUGGAGUUAUACACUUCCCCUUAAGUCUGUUUCACUUGAUUUAUUGAUUAUUCUUCUAGCCAAUCAGAGUGUUCCACAUCAUCUUAAAUGGACUGCAAUGAGCACCAUGCCCCUUUUUUCAGGAAGUAUGGGGACCCUCAAACAAAUAGCAAGGGAGUCUUUUAACUUUAUUAUUCAUGAAAACAUCAGUGCAUAAAUGAUCCUUCAGUUAGUUUGUAAAGAGUGUGCACAGACUUUAGUGAAAGAGUUCUUUAUCAAACCAAACAAACUCAUGCCGAAAACGUUGUUGGUCCAACAUGGUUUGAUUUCAAACACGAUAAAUGUGGACGUUUGUGCGAUGAGUUCUUAGUAUAAAAGACAGGUGUGAUAUAAGAGGCAGAAAUAUGAGCUAUGUAGGGGAAACCAGGUAAGACCAGAGGUUACCUGAGUACACUGAAAGUGACCAAAGAGCUGAUCUAGACCAAACUCUACUUACAAAGACCCAGUGUAAAGACGGGAUCAGAUCGAGCCCAACUUUGUAAGAUCGGCCCCCUCUCCCAUCCCAUCUUCAACCACAUGAAUGAACCACUUUUCUUCUAUUCAACCCGUUUUUUCGCAUCUCCUUUCAUUAUUUGUGGUGAUGAAUCUCCCCCAAACUCUGCGCUGUCACCCAAAUCUGCCUCCUGCGUGUGUGGCACUUCAUGUUUGGCCCUGAGGAGGAUGAUCCCCGCCUUGUCGGCUCCUUCUGCAGCACAAAGGAAAUCAUUAUCCUGUAAUUAUGGCUGCUUAAGAACAAGAUCGACCAUCUCUGUAAUCUGCAUAAUGUGUUGGAGGGAUCUGUGCACAUAAACAGCUGCUGUAGGCGAGGAAGUGCAGCGCAAAUUCUCCUCUGAUUCAACGACUGACAGAGAAAAACACACAUAAUGUCAGCAUUAAUACGGCCAGCAUGAAUGAAACUCUGGCCUCCUUUUACCUGCUUAUUUGUGCAUGUCUCCGUCACGUCAUUACAGCUCGAAAGAAACAUCUGGAAGGUGUUAUGAAUCAUCGCUGCUCUAUGUGGGUGGCAUUUCCAAGAAGUAUAUUAUCUCCCUCCUUUUGCCACCCUUGGUUUCCCAUAAAAGUUAGUUUAAACCGUGGAUAAUUUAAUCCAGUUUAGCAUCCUCGAAAGCACCAUCCAGAUUUUAGACAUUCCCUGCAAAAAGAGAGGAAGCAAAACCAUAAAACUACAAGCCAUUAAAGGUUUAAUCAGUCUCAUUGAGCAUGCACUUGUCUGAAUAAGUCCUCUACACUAAGGUGUUCAUUUCCUGAUGUUUACAGCCUACAAGGAGCCCGUCCACAGGUAUAAUUAAGCUCUUUAAAGCUCAUGUUUAUUGCUGCAGUUUGGUCUCUGCAGGUUCGAACAAGAAUGAGUGUGGGGGUUGGUGGUCUACCCCAACUCUUUAUGUCAACAGGGGUGAUAUUCAAGCUUUCAAUCAAAGCUUUUAUUCCCCUCCUCU